AUGUCGACAGGCAUGGCGACUGGGAUGGAACUAGAAAACAAUCUGCCUCAGACUCUGGUAAGAACUAUGAGUGACAGGGUCGAAGUAUCCACGUUUGAUUAUUGGAGAAAUUCCGAUGGUGCAGUUUCAAUCUCUUCCAGCCUGGCAACACCGGCGACAUACGAUGAACAACGUUCGGUGUGGCGUCGGCCAGGUAGUCAAAAGGACUUGGAAAGCGCGAUCAACCAAUACCUCCAACAGAAUAAACACGAGUUUAACUCCAAAUGGUCUACAUGGCAGGGCGUCCUAGAACAACUUGACAGUGCGACUACAAUCUACUACGAGAAAGCUCGUGGAAACCCGGCUAGAGCUACUAUACGCGGAUUACUCGUCAUCUUCAAUGCAGUCAAGAGGCGAUCCGAAGCUUGUGAGAAAGUCUUCCACUGCUUCAAACUUAUACCGGAGACCAUAGCUCGUGUGCACUCAUUAGAGAGGCUGUUCCCUCACGAAAAAGGUGUAAAAGCCUGCAUCGAUGACUUCUAUAGCAUGCUUACAGCAUCUAUACCACGACUAAUCAGAAUUCUCAACAGAAAGGAGUCAGAAACUCGCGUUAUUAGGAUGGGAAAACUACUCUUAGGCGAUCAAGUUAAGGACGUCGAUGCUUGUAUUCAACCGGUCAACGAGACGGUUCGAAAGCUUAAUGAAUACGUACAUAAUCUAGAGAGAAGCAGGGACGCUCGGACAGCGAAAACGACAGACAACAUCCAUUCGAACCUCAACAUUGUCCGAUCUGAAGUAUCAGAGAUUCGCCAAGACUUGAAGUCAUUGAUUGGUGGCUUGAAUGAGCCUCUCGAAGCAAUUCGUGAGAGAUACGCCACAAUUCGGGAAAGUCAAAUCAAAGAAAUUACAGACGAGGCCACUAUGGCUAUUUUGAAUGGUCUGUAUCGAAUGUUGGCAGAAAGAUGUCGAACCAAGGAUUUUGAUAAUCAAGGAACGAUCCCACAAGCUCCGUGGCAAACCCUCCCGGCCCUUCCUCGUGCGCAAACCAUAGGAACAGGAGAAAGUCUAACAAUACAACCCAGCUUAGAUGAUCUACUAGAAGCCUUAGGUGGAGAGCCAGUAUGUUUGGAAAGCUUGAAUGAUCAUGGAGAAAUUCUUCGCAAAUGCAACCAGUUCAGUGACAGAGCUUUAAGGCAAGCAGCCUACUUAAAAUCAGCACCCUACUUCCCGAGAUGGCUCAGUGCUACAACCUCAGACAUUCUACUAGUGGAUGGACAUGACACGAGAGGCAAAAUAUCUGCAAUGUCUGUAUUUUGCGCCAUGCUCGUACAGGCCCUAUGGAACAUGCAAGAUCAGUUCACUAUGCCUCCUAUCCAAAGCAUCGCCCUCUUCUUCGCCUGCGGAGCGCACACAGAGCCAGAAGACAUCCUAACGGGGCCCUCCGGCAUUGUCCGGAGCUUAAUCGGCCAGGUUCUGGUAUCCUGGCCGGGACAAGCACCGGACCUUACGUUUAUCAACGAAGCUGAUACUCUACUGUCUGAUAUCCAGGAGAAUAGGAUCGACGCACUAUGCUUCUUAUUCCAGAAACUACUCCGCCAACUGCCUUCAGAAACUGUACUUUACUGCGUUGUUGACGGAAUUUCGCUUUAUGAGACGAGUUAUUCGAACUGGAAAGACGACCUGGACUACCUCGUCGAGGUAUUGAGAGACUUGACAGAUAUCAACCUAAUGCAUGAGUCCCAUGGCCCCGUCCUGAAAGUGCUCCUUGCGAGCGCAGACAAGAGCACUGAUGUCUACAGAUUGGUACCAAAUCAGAAGCGUGUGGAUCUUCGAGCACAAAACCAAGUGCCGACCACGCCAACGGAGCUAUCGUUACUGGAGGAUAUCCAACACAGUUUACAGCCUGAAGCCUAG